CAGAGUCUGAAGUCGCCGAGAUGGAUUUUGCAAGUUUGAUGAAGUCGCAAAUCGCGUCUUCCGCGCCGCCAAAAGAGGAUGGCAGCAAAAAGUAUUUGAAGCGAUCAGAGAUCGAGGCGCAACGACAAGAGGAGUAUGCGAGAGAGCAAGCACAGCUAGAAAAGGAGCGGCUGGAGCGGCUGGAAAAGAAACGCAAACGGGACGAGGAGGAGGCCGAGCGUACUCGCGCACGAGAAGAGAAGAGGCAACGAUUGGCAGAAGAGAGUCGGAAGAUACGUGAAGAGGAAGAAGAGGCCGAAGAGAGGGCGCGGAGGAAGCGUCUGGGUCUGCCAGAGCUUGAGAGGAAGGACACUGAGAUAACGCCUCUGAAGGAGGGCGAAGAGGACAUUGCGGAAGAAGAGCUGCAGGCAAAGCUGCGCGACAUGGACGAGCCUCGAAUACUCUUUGGCGAAACACAUGUCCAGCGGCUGCGGCGGUAUCGCAAGCUCACAGCACUGGCACUGGCACCCAAACUCAGCAGUGGACCGAUACCGACGACUCUGGAAUUGGUCCCGGAGGCAGAGAUGAAGGUGCCAGAGAGCGUCCCCAAAGACAAAGAAGGCUACAAGUUUCUUCUACGCCAACUGGCAUCUUACUUCGACAUGCUGCUCUCCGAAUGGCAGAAUGCACUGGCCCGGAGAACGAAAGAGGUCAAAGAAUCCUCUACCGGCAAGCAGGCCUAUAAUUCAUAUCUGGCUGCGAAGGACAACCUCAAGCCGUUGUUCAAAAAGUUGGAGACUGAUGCCAUCGAAUCUGCGAUCCUGCCGCCAAUCCUGGAGAUUGUCGAUUUGGCGCAAAAGAAGCGCUAUGUGGAUGCCAACGAUGCAUACCUCAGGCUAAGUAUCGGAAAAGCCGCGUGGCCAAUUGGUGUCACCAUGGUGGGUAUCCACGAGCGAAGUGCCCGAGAAAAGUUGCAUGGGGAGAACAACCAGGCGCACAUAUUGAGUGACGAGACCACAAGAAAAAUGUUGCAAGGCAUCAAACGGUGCCUGAGCUUUGCGCAGACCAGGUGGCCGCCUAGCGAUAUCGGUCAGCUAAUGGGAUGAUUGAGAUCGGCUGGCUAUGUUCGCGAGCGCGCACGAAAGCGCUCGAGUAUGAGGAGACGAUGGGACCAUGUGAACAUGGUGAUCACAUGUGGCACCUUCUACCUCGAUGUCUUUACAACCACAACUGUUGCACCAGUACCAGCAACAGCAACAGCGAUGAUGACGAGCGGAAGAGCUCCGGCACAUCAAUCGGGGUCGGCAC